AUGGAGAAAGACGAACCCCCUCUGUUGGUGACCCCUGUGUCGGUGAAAGCCAUCAUCUCAAGAAUUGACGCUGCCCAACUAACUCGGGCUCAGGAGGAUAUUUCUUCCCAGCUCUCAGACAUCUUGGACAAUGUCAACUGUGUCAUCAACCGCUUCCAGGAAGAAUUAAGAUAUGAUUUCCAAAAAAAGGCAAAAUCUCACCAGACAGAGAAAAAGGGCAAGAACAGAUUCAUCUUGCUGGAGAAAAUUACCUCAUUCUCCAAUGAUGCUAAGACUAAAAAGAAGCACUUGUAUGAAAUUCUCCACUGGCUAGGUGACUGGGGUGACAGUCUGACCUAUGAGAUCAUGAACAGGAAGAGUGAGGAGGAAGAGGAAGCUCUGGAUGAAUGGAUCGAGGUGAUGGAGAAGGCGUUACCUCUCUCCCUCAUCACCACCAAAGGAGGCAUCGAGUCUCUUAUUUCCCUCUGCUCCACUCUCAUUGAAGGACAAAGGAAAGGGGCACAAAUGUCCAAAUGCACCUUCUGGAAGGGCUGGCGGGAACAAAGCACACAAAAAGUGAUUGCCUUCCCUCAGCCACUGAGCCCAGAGCAGAUGCUCCAGGACAAGCACGCUACCUGCAUAAGGGUCUCCGAGGUGAAGUCCAUGCUGCAGGAACUCCUGGACUCCACGAUGUUCAACCAGGGGGAGGUUCGGGCCAUCAGGUACAUGUCUGCUGUGGUCGAGAACCUCAAAAAGGCCUUGAUGCUCCAGCACAAGGAGAGCAGAAGCCUGGAGGCCAAAUACAGGCACCUGAAAAUAGAGAUGACCAAAGAACUCAGCAGCCAGAGGCUGUACUUCCAGAAGUCCUUCCAAGUCCUCAAGAGUAAGAGAGAUGCCCUACUAAAGCAGGUAGAAAUUCUAGGGGGAAAGUACCAUGACCUCCUCCUGAUGAAGCAUGCCUUAGAGUUCCAGCUGAAGAAGGCUCAGUCUGCUAGAGGUCAAGCAGAAUACUCAGCCAAGAUCUUGGUUGACUCCCCAGCCCCGGCCAAGAAAGAGUUCCUCCCAAAGAAAGAAACAGUCAUAGAGGAAACCCAACAGGAACCUAAGAAGGAGGAGCAGUUUUCACCACUCUCCCCAAGUCCCCUGGCCAUGGCCUGGGAUAGUAGUGCUAGGCCUUUCACACGUCAACCACUUUCCACCAUGACCAUGCGUUCAAGGAUUGCAGAUGUGUACAGCAGCAAGGACACUGAAAAUCUUCAGCCUGUGUUGCCAUCCUCCAUGGAUCACAAGUUUCCUAAGAAAUGGGAAAGACAGUCAGCAGAAAGCCCAGGCCACAAAGUCAAAGACCAGAAGGACUUCUUCCAGGAAGUGACCCAGGAGAAGGAAGGACUCCAGAUGAAGUCCCAUUUUCAGAAGCAGCUGUCCCCAGAGAGCUCUAGGAAGGUGGCCUUGGAGAGCAAGGCAGAGCACUGGGAAGAGGACCUCAGCUGGGAGAGGCGAAGGCAGCAGUGGCUGGAGGGGGAGGAGAUGUGGCUGCAGUGGCAAGAGAAGUGGGCCCUGCUGGAGCGGGAGCACCGGGAGAAGCGGCAGCGGUGGGAGCAGGGGGAGGCAGCAGAGAUUGGACCAGGAGCAAGGGGGCCCAUGAGGGGGCCAGAGCAGACAGGAGAGGACGUGGAGAGAACGGGCUUCAUGCCCACCAGUCGAUGGAGGGACUUGGAGGAGGCAUCACUGGCACCUCCCCCAAGCCGGGCCCAAUCUGCUCAUCAAGGCAGGAGGCCACUCUUGCCCAGGUCCCCUAAGACCCAGCAGCCUGCCCCCAGAAACCAGAGGACCAUGAGUUCAGCCACGUUUACUCAGAAACCACGGGCCUGCUGUGUUCCCACAGCCCGCUGUGUUCCCACGAAGCCCAAGAAGACGGCCUCCCUUCCUGUCACGGGGACAUCCCUCCGAAAGGUGACCCAGCCCCCUUUGCAUAUAUCCCCAGUAACUCUGAAGGGGAAGGUAUACCACGUGGACGUGGAGGCCCAGAGGAAGAACCUGCAGCUCCUGACUGAGGAGGAUCAGCUGGGGCUGCCCCACUACCUGUGCAACAAGGUGCGGGAGCUCACCACCACCGCCAUGGAGCUGAACACGCUUAAGCUGUGGUGCCUGUGCCAUAAGUACAUCCUCUACAGACAUUUCCAGAGCCUCCGACAAGAAGUGAUCAACCAUGUACAAGUUGUGCGAGAAGCUGGGGCUGCCUACAAGGCCCAGAACCUCUACCUCUUCCUGGAAAACGUUGACCGCCUGCAGAACCUCCAGCUGCAGGCCUGGACAGACAAGCAGGACCUGGAGGAAAAGCGCCGAGAGCGCCUGAGCAGCAUGGUGACCAUGUUCCCCAAGGUCCAGCAGGAGUGGAACAUUAACCUGAACACCCCUGUGGUCACCUCCCCAAAGUCAAGGAAAAGCAAGCCUCCCCCAUCCUUACUGUGGCACAUCCAUUCCAGCAGCCCCUCCUGCAAGCGACACCUGGAGCUCUUUAUGACCAAGCACCAGCAAUGUGUGCCCCUGCGGAUGGCCCACCGACAGGGGAACCAGCUGGAGGCCAUCUGGAAGACUGAUGUGGCCUCAUCCAGUCACCCAGUAGAAAAGAAGACCCCCACCAGCCUGUCCUGGGACCAGCUAGGGGGGUACUCAGAUACUCCCCGGCUGUUGGCAUUGGAUGUGCAUUCCUCCUACCACAAAAUCUUGAUGUCCCUCGAGGCCCAUGCCUCAGUGACCCAAAGAAAGGAAGGCCAGGAACACCCAGAGGAGUCAGCUGAGCUUGUUUGUAAAAAGUCAAACGAGUCCUUCCCCGGAACCCUAAAAAACCAGAAGGAUGGAGACAAUCCCAGUCUUCGCUCCAUGCCUUAGCCAGUGAUUCUCAAAUUUGUUCCAAAUGCAGAUUCCCAGCUGGUGUUUUUAAACAAACACUCUGGGUACUGCUAAGUAAUCCUAGAACUUUGAGAAACACUACUUUCCUCCUUCAGUCCCCAAACUGUACAUUUUAAAUAAAAUAGAGAUGUGUUUAUUUUUAAAAUUUUCUGCCUCACUGCUAAAACCCACACCUCCUCAACUCACUCAUUUUUGGAACCAGGUGCAUGACCACCU